GUAUCUGUGUGUGUAAUAAGUAGGCUGCUCCGCCACUGCGCAACGAUUGSAGCUAUUGCAGCGAUGGAGAUGACGCAAACUGACCCAGCUCCCCCAAAAAGUGUUUUAAGACGAACAUGGCGGCAACUUUACCCAGGUCCAAGAUGACUGUGGCCAUCGGAAGAAAAUAUCCAAGGCAUUCUGCCGAGAAACGGACUGGCAAGAUCAUCUGGCGUACAAUCAAAAGUCUUUUGAUUUCUCAUAACUGAAUCCGGGAAACAGCAGUAGUACCGGCACCAGCAUCAAGAGGCUCGCAACAGCUGGUCUCUCUCUGCGCGCGAGCAUAACCCCGGAGAGCAGAAGAGAGGGAGCGGGGCGCGAGGCAUGCGGUUACAGAGAACGCGGUUUCCCCCCGGAGAGCCAUGGAGAACGGGGAUGCGGCAGCGCAAGGCUUAAUCUGUGCGGGCGCGCUAAUUGGAUCGGAAUAGCACACCGACGGGGUCGUGCGGGAGAGAGGAGCGCCCAGGACCGACGGCGGCACGGCAGCCCACCGCUACCGAGGAGAAAUAACCGGAGUCCUUCUCCCCAAGUCAAUGAGUAUAGUGGCAGAGGAGCCCCCACGGUGGAGUCGGCCAGAGCUGCGCUUUUCCUAAAAUAUGACCAGGGGUGUUUGGAUGUGUCGGCAGCAAGAUGACGGCUUAAAAAUCUGGUUUGCACCCCGAGAGAACGAGAAGCCAUUUACCGAGUCGGAGCGGGCCCAGAGAUGGCGCCUGUCGCUGGCCUCUCUUCUCUUCAUCACGGUCCUGCUCUCUGAUCACUUGUGGUUCUGCGGCGCAGAGGCCAAACUGACGCGAACCCGAGACAAGUGGCAGGAUAAGCAGCUCGCCUUUACAGACAUGGCCGAGUACCUAAACUCGACUCACCAUCACCACAUCCACUCCUCUGACUCCCGUCCCCCCCACAGCCGCCUAAACAGAGAGCUAGAUGUUAUUUUUAUAGGGAAUUCUACCAAACCUCUAUGGCGACUGGACAUAUGUCACCCGGACAGCCUGUCUAAAGACUGCUUCACUUUCACGGACGCAGAGCCCGUGUGCCUUGGCCUCUCCGGRGGCGGGGAGGAGGGUACGCAGUCCACGGACGUGAAUCUGAGCGAUUUGUAUCUUUCUUUUUGUAAUUCCUACUCUCUUUUGGAUUUGUUYAGCGGGUUUACGAGUCCGGACAAUAUAAACUGCAGCCUGGACGUGGCUGAGGGAGACACGCUGGGAUGCAGCGAGUGUGUUCGCGCUUACCAGCGCUUUGACCGGCAAGCUCAGGAGGACUACCAGGAGUUUGAGCUGCUGGUUGGGAAAUAUGAGACGGAUGAAUACUCGGUCAGGACAUGUAUGGAAGAAUGCAAGGUAGGAUGUGAAUGGAUUGCAAAUAUUAUCAUAGCACUAGCUAUUGUCUUUUUUUUCGUAUCAACACACUUAUACGGGGUUGGAUGGAUUCCAAGUCGUCAUGGUAACCGAUGUCAAUCUCGAUGUGGGAAUGUAUAUAUUUUCUUCCCAAAAACGUGCCUCUAGCCUUUCAAAGAGUUUGUGAGAGCAUCACCCCACUUGUCUUCCCUGUACUGUAUGCGCGCGUGUAGUGUGUAUCUUUGUGCAAGCACGAGCGAGUGGAUGAGCACUUGUGGAUUAUUUUG